AAUUUCAGAUCACUUUUCAAUGUAUAGCAGCCCAUCAAGAGGUGUUACUUUCAUGGUGGUGCGAAAUAGCAGCAACAAGUGUUAGCCUUAAUGCGAUCAGUUAGUGGUGAACGACAACUAAACUCAUGAAUCAACAAAGAAAGCCGCUUGGCUGUCGUCAUUCCGCCGCCAGGGGGCGAAAUGUUUUGGAGAGCUAGCGAGGCAUCGGGUUCGGACGACAGAACGCGGCACCUGUCACUUUAAGAAGGUGAGGUCCGGGUGUGGACCGUUCCUGCCGAGGUUUCCACAUCAGCCAAGAAACACAAAGUCUCGGUCCUGUCCGGGUUCGAACGCCCUCACUGCUGUCCGCGGGGUCCAGCGGUCCAGGUGAACUGGUCUGACCGGUUCCGAGUCUCGUAUCCGGCCGGAGAUGACGCCUCCUGGCGGGACACCAUGAAGCUUCUCGCGCUGUUGCACGCUUGUUUCUCCGCUGCAGUCGCAGCGUCCAGUGACGGAGAGUCAGAGGUAUCGGCGGAGCCCGGAGACAUCGUCCUACUUCCGUGUUUCAGCUCCGGGAGCGGGGCUCCGUCCCUCACCUCCUGGACCGGACCGGGACUCGGAGCAGCAGGGGGCCUGCGGAGCUCGGACCCCCCCGGGAAGCGGUUCGCAGUGCUGCGGGACGGAAGUCUCAACAUCGCGACGGUCUCAGCGGCAGAUGAGGGAGUCUACUUCUGCAACACCUCGUUCGCUGGAAACGUCUCUUACCACGGACGAGUCCUGCUGCACGUGACCCCUGGCCUGAGAAACGUCUCCAUCUCCGUGACUCCACCCUCCGCCCUCUUAAACGGGACAUUUGUCACAAGUUCGGGUUCCAGUGUGACCUUCAACUGCUCGGAAUCAUGGGCUCACUCUCACCUGCUGACCUGGAGCUUCAGGGGCUCCGCAUCUAGCGACAAGCUGCUGAGCAACAGCUCCUCGCCCUGGCUGGCCUUCACCAUCGCAGACGUCCACGCUAGAGACCAGGGGGUCUACACCUGCACCUGCAGAAGUGGGGACUCACAGCGGAUGGUGGAGUCCAGCGCUGAGCUGCUGGUCUACUACGCGCCCGAUCGUCACCCCGAGUGCAUGUGGGCGCCAGUGCUGGACUCAUCUCAUGUCCAGUUCAACUGCUCCUGGUUUGGGGCGUAUCCCGCCCCCACACUCCAGUGGGAGGACGGCCACAGCGUGCUGGCCUCUGCCGAGGCCGACAGCCUGUCCGUGACCAUGAACCGCUCGCAGCUGACCAGCGGUCAGAUGGUUAAGUGCUCGGGUCAUCACAUGGCGGCCAAACAAGAAGCAUCAUGCUCCUUCACACUGAAACUCCCGUACCCCAGCGGGGACCCUCUGACCACUGCAGUGGAAGGAGCCAACGUGACACUCACGUGCACAGAGUCCACGUCCACGCCGCCCGCCAACACCACCUGGAGGAGGGGCAUGCGGCGGGACGAGAUCCCGCCCGGGGCAAAGUACAUAUUGUCCCUCGAAGGGCCGGCUCUGAGGCUGACCAUCGUCAACCUCACCACGGACGACCAGGGGGUCUACUUCUGCCGCAGCGAGAACCCCCUGGGGUUCCAGGAGCAGGAGGUCUACCUCACCGUCAAGAAAAGCUCUGCCGUCACAGGAGCCAUCGUCGGCGUCUUCAUUGCCGUGCUGAUCAUGGGCUCGGCCGGCAUCGUCGCCAAGACAGCUUACUCCAGCCGACACCGGAUCUGCCUUGGAGCUGGUUUUGGGCAAAUGGAGGACGAACACGGAGACGUCCUGAGUCUGGUGGAGUCAGACGACGACGAGAUCUUCCAGGGUUCUGUCCCGAGACUUCCUCCUCUGGCUAAUGGCUCCAACACGACCCUUGUCCAGAUACAUCGCAUCCCCUCCAGCGACCACGAGGAGGCUGCUGGCACGAGUCCCCGCCAGCUGGAGGACACAGCGGUGACGGAGGAGCCGGCGGAUCUCGUGACGUUUUAGUGAGUGCCAGGAGGCCACUUGCUCCCCAGGAGAAUAUGAAGAAGAGCUUGUAACAGGCUUGUGAGUCUGUGGUUCCUUUGUACAGUCAUGUUCAGGCUGUGAAGUGCUUGUAAAUAUUCUGCUCCUGAGUUUUAUUAAAAUGAUUUGAAACACUCUUUACAAUGAACAAAACAUUUCUGAAAUUG